GAGCGCGAGCACGUGGUUUACCGCUGCGAACGAGGCACUGAUGAGCUCCUGACUGUGGGUGGACCCGCUCAGGCGAGCGCGUGCGCCGGACGCGCGGCGAAGUUGGGGGAGCAAUGGCGUCAGGUCAAGGCUGCCCCGGAAUACUCGAUCCGUCUGCGACCCCUUGCUGACAGCGAGGCCAAGGAUUGCCCUGUUCAGA